AUGCCUUUGUGCAGGGCCCUGAUAGCAGGUGGCUGGUGCCCCCGAGAUGGAGGUGUCGCUGCGGCUCGGAGAGCGGGCACGAACUCUGCGGGGCCUGGAGGCCCACUGUGUGCGGGCUUUUGCAGAGGCCCUGGAGGUGGUGCCCUACACGCUGGCAGAGAAUGCCGGCUUGCACCCAAUCGCCACCGUCACCGAGCUCCGCAACAAGCAUGCCCAGGGAGAGCGUGAUUCUGGCAUCAACGUGCGCAAGGGUUCCGUGACCAACAUCUUGGAAGAGAACGUGGUGCAGCCUCUGCUGGUGUCGGUGAGCGCCAUCACGCUGGCUGCAGAGACCGUGCGUAGCAUCCUCAAGAUAGACGACAUUGUCCAGACAGUGCGCUGAUGCGCGACCGCCACCUGCAGCUUGGCAGCAGCUGGGCUCUGCCUCUUCGUCUCUCACCAGAAGCCAAAAAGAAAGCAAGACAAACCUUAUGGCAGGCCCAUCAACAAGGGCAGGGCCUGGCUAAAUAAAA